AUGACAAAAACGCACAACGAAAACCCAGCGGUCGUCAACCACCGAGAACUGUUUCUGGCGAUUGCAGCCUCGAUAGGAAAGGUUGUCGAGGACAACGGCCUUAUCUACACCAACUGUGGAGUCGACAGACACGCUCAAGUGACAUUUCCCGCGUCCAAUGUCUCAGAUGCCCAGCUCGACCGGAUGAUGGACUUCUACCACACCAGCCUUCCUCGUACCAUAGGUGUAUGGAAGGAGGACGGAGUUGGAAACGAGGCUCUGUCGGCUCGGCUUCUUGCUAGAGGCUUUCAGAUUGGUUGGGAGCCUCAGUGGAUGGUUUUGGAUCUCGAUACUGCCGACAUUCGACCCAAGCACAUCAAAGAUGUGUACAUCAAGGUCAACAACAUGGCUGUGAUUCCUUCCAGUAUCCCAUUUUCCAACAAGGAGGACGACGGCAUGUACGCCCUCGAUAUGCGACGUUCAGGCGUUAUUACCAAGUUUGUCGCCACUCACAAGGGCCAAAUUAUCGGCCAUGCCGAUCUAUUCAUGGGCACCGAAGCCGGUAUUCACAACAUUGGUGUUCACGACGACCACAGUGGCAAGGGAAUCGGUGGUCAGCUCGUCAAGAAUGCUUGCGCUUUCGCUCAGAAGAAGGGUUACAACCGAGUCUCUCUCAACGCUGUCAGCCAAGAGCUGUACCUCAAGCUGGGUUUCAAACAUAUUGUGAAUGGAACUACCUGGUGGCUCUACCGAGAGGAGUUUGAAAAGUGCCAGAACAGCCCUGCGGAACAGAAGAUCAUCCAGCAUGUCUGUCUUGGUGAACUCAACGAGAUGGAGAAACUGCCAGCUGGAACUUCCUUCUCUUUCCCCACUACCAGUGGAAUGUCUCUGCUACAGAUGGCCGUCAAAUUCAAGCAUACCAAGAUGGCCCAGUGGCUCAUUUCCAAGGGAGCUCCUCAUACCAUUCUUGACCUGUGGGACAUUGGAGGAGCGUCCUUGGCCAGUUCCAUGCUUCCUACCCACAUUGACGACCUGAUAGAAGGGAAGACAGCUCUGCAUCAUGCUGUUGAACGGGGAGAUGUGGAACUAUCCAAGCACCUCUUGGCUUUCAACCCCAACCUGGACAUUCGCGACUCCACCUACUCGUGCACAGCGCUGGGAUGGUGUUCUGUUCUAGAGAGAAAGGAGAUUGGCACCCUUAUUCGAGAGGCUGUUGAGAAGAUCGAAAACACCGAGUUUUCGUCGGUUGCAAGCACCUUGUAG